UCUCUGAGCUGCUCGGGGAUAGAACUACAUCAGCAGCGCGUUUUCUCUUUAGCACAGACUACUUCAAAUGCAUCUGUGUUUGUUUUCUCUUACCAGCUGAGCGGAGUUUGUGAGAUACAUGGACUGAAUCUGGCUCCUUAAACCCGUGUCUUUGGUUGGCGACUUCUUUGAUUGGCUUGCUUUUCUCAAUCUCUUCUGUUUACGGACCAGUGACAGGAGAUGGCUGCUUUCUUGACCCUGUCUCUCGCUCUUCUAAUCCUCGCCGCGACAACUGCUGAUGCUGCUGAUGCUGAAGAACGGCUGGUGAAUAGCCUGUUGGGUCCAGAUCGAUACAACAAGCUCAUCAGGCCUGCAGUAAACAGAAGCCAGUUAGUAACUAUAGCAAUUAAAGUAUCGCUUUCACAGCUCAUAAGUGUGAAUGAAAGGGAGCAGAUCAUGACAACAAAUGUCUGGCUCACCCAGGAGUGGAAUGACUAUCGUCUGAUGUGGGAUCCCCAGGAGUAUGAAGGCAUUAAGAAACUCAGAAUCCCUUCACAACACAUCUGGCUACCCGACAUUAUUCUAUACAAUAAUGCUGAUGGAAACUAUGAAGUCUCCUUUUAUUGCAACGCGGUCGUAUCUCACAACGGUGAUAUUUUUUGGCUUCCCCCGGCCAUCUAUAAGAGUGCAUGCAAGAUUGAAGUCAAGCAUUUUCCUUUUGAUCAACAAAACUGCACAAUGAAGUUUCGCUCCUGGACCUAUGAUCAUACUGAAAUUGACCUGGUUUUAACAAGUGAUUUUGCAAGCAGAGAUGACUUCACUCCUAGUGGAGAAUGGGACAUUGUUUCUCUACCAGGGAGAAAAAAUGAAAACCCUGAAGACCCAACGUACGUGGACAUUACUUAUGAUUUCAUUAUUAAGAGAAAGCCAUUGUUUUAUACCAUCAACUUGAUUAUUCCUUGUGUGCUUAUAACGUCCCUGGCAAUUUUGGUAUUCUAUCUUCCAUCAGACUGUGGUGAAAAAAUGACACUGUGCAUUUCAGUUCUUCUUGCUUUAACUGUGUUUUUGCUGCUAAUCUCAAAAAUUGUUCCACCAACAUCACUAGAUGUCCCACUGAUAGGUAAAUACCUGAUGUUUUCCAUGGUCUUGGUAACUUUUUCCAUUGUCACUAGUGUUUGUGUGCUGAACAUUCAUCAUCGGUCACCGAGCACUCAUACAAUGCCGCAGUGGGUAAAGAGAGUGUUUCUAGAAAAGCUACCAGCUUUAUUAUUCAUGAAGAGGCCAGACAAUACCAAUAUACGAGAGAGACUGCAUAGAAAGCAACUGAAGUCUUGCCCUGAUCUUAAAGUAAGCAAAAGUGAUGGUGAGUCAGUCUAUGUCAAUGAAGAGUCUGCCAAGAAGUGUGGCUGGAAAAUAAGUGACAUACCUGAUGAUACAGAGUUCAGGAAGAGAAUGACCAUUAAGUGCAACCCUGGUGUCGAGGAGGCUGUGGAGGGAGUGCGGUUUAUUGCUGAACACACGAAAACCGAGGAUGAUGAUCAAAGUAUAAUUGAGGACUGGAAAUAUGUUGCCAUGGUUAUUGAUCGUCUUUUCUUAUGGAUAUUUGUUUUUGUUUGCGUGGUUGGAACAGUUGGACUUUUUCUUCAGCCUUUGUUUCAGAACUACACCCCAAGUAUGGCUGAUGGCGAGUAAUUGCCCCAUGUAUUGAAACACUGCAACCAGAUACCAAUUAUAAACUUUACAAAAAAGGUCACAUGCUCAUCAGGAACUCAGGACUUCUUUUGAUGGCACUAUAUUAUCUUUUUUUUUCAAAUAACAACAUAAAAUAUCAGUUUUUAUUUAAUCACCAUUUUCUGAUUAUAUAGAUAAUAAAUUGUACGCUUUGCCUAGCAUGCCAAGGUAGCCUUUUUUUGUUGUUUUUUUUAGCAAAGUGAAAAUACAGUUAACUACUAAAGUCUUGAGUCGCUAGGUUGCUAAGCCCCUCCCCAAAAAAACACUGAUCUUUAACAACUGCAGAAGACGGUGAAAAGACAACUAAAGAGACUUUACAUCUAUGUGGUGUGCAUAAAUCACAUUUGCACUGGGAUUAAAUGUGUUAUUUGGCUGAAGUUCAGUAGCAACUUAUUAUAGCAAAUGAAUAUAAGGGAAGCUCGGACACACUGAUUCACGAUCAAAAACAAUCCCUGAAACAUCUGGCUCAAAAGUAAUGUUUUUUUUUUCAUUUUGUUGUGUCAGAUUUAAGUAUAUUGCCAUUUUGUUUGAGGAGAUUAGAUUUUUAAGGAUUUUUUUUUUAAGUUUAAUAUUGUCACAAGCAAAAUAUGGCAAUACAUGAAGAUAGAGCCUGUUAACUCUAAAAAACAACAUGUAAUAGUUGUUGCUUCCUAUACUGUAUCGUGUGAAAUGUGUACAGAUUUCAUUAAAGUUAGCACAAUGAAAGUCAUGCCACCAGGACCAUAAUGACCAUAAUUUAGUUAAAAAGAAAAUAAUAAUUGAAAACAAAAACAGAAACACACGAAAAAAAUUGAUAAGGAGGUUUAAGGAUGAAUGUAGGUAUGAGGCAUCAAAAUGUAUGAUGACCAUGUAUUGCUGUUUGAGGUGUACAUGAUCUGUCUUACUGAUCUAUGACAGAUUAUUUAGAAAUCUGUGAUAGGGUUAAAGAUCUUGCAGCGAUCUGUGAAGGGAAUAGACCACAUCGAACUCCACAGAACGCAUGGUGGGGACGUUACUCACAAGCAGAGCUUUGAUUAUAUUAUUUUCUAUUUCUAUUUUGUUGUUAAAAAUAUGUGAUUGUCCAAUAAAAUGUGUACAUUUCAUGUCCAAUGCACCAGACUACAAGGUGCAGUUCCAUUAAGAAAAAACAGUAUAUUUAUUAAAACAGGAAUCUGCACUUUUUCAGUGUAGCCUUAAAUGAAAUUGUUGCAACAUAACUAUAUAAAGUGUUUAAUGAGCAAGACUUUUAAAUGUAAGUAAAAAAAAAAUACUCUGUAUGACAAAGAUAUUAAUUUGUCUUUUGUUUAAAUAAAAUAUGUUACAUCUGUU